AUGGCUCUCUGGCACGGGCCCCAGCUGGCCGGGGAGCCCUCGCUCGUCGAUGAUGAGGUAUUGGUAGAGGCACCCGAGGGAUCUUUCUAUCUUCUUGUGGUUGUUGUUGUUAUUAUGUCGGAUAGUGACAGCAGACGAUCGACCGGCAGUGGGGUCGUCGAUCCGUCCUCCCUCCCUCCGGGCAUCACCCCUGAGUUCGGUCCCUUAGCCGACCCCAAGCGGUACCUCAUAGGACGCGAGAUUGGCGCUGGUGCCACGGCUCGGGUCUUCAAGUGCAAACGACAGAAGGAUGGGAGGGUGUUUGCUGUGAAGUGCCUAUUCGUCCAACGAGCUCGAUUGUCGGAGGAGUUCGAUCGAGAGCUAGAGGCCUUGCAUAAGGAGAUAGGGAUACUCUCCCGUCUCAAACAUCGCAACAUCGUAGCCUUGCAUGAUGUUGUCGAGACCCAGACUGCGGUGUACAUAGUUAUGGAGUAUGUUGGUGGUGGCGAGCUUUUUGACUAUGUUGUUGACAAUGACAACUUCAACAACGAGAACGUAAUACGUUUCGUUUUCUGUCAAGUUGUCGACGCCCUCCUCUACCUGCACGUCAACGGUAAGCGAUAUCCCUUCACUGGACAACACAUGAACGACCAAAUACGGAUAGGGCACUUCAAGUUCAAGAAGAUGGACCAUGUUAGUGAAGAUGCGAAGAAUUUGGUAUCGAGAUUGAUAGUCGUUAACCCCAACGAUCGGAUCUCACUCGAGGAUGCUCUAGGCCAUCCUUGGCUCCGCAAUUUUCCUCCCGCCCAAGCUCUACAGCAGGUGUGGGUUCCAGAAUCUCGUGUACCACAACUCACUGAACUUUACUCUACUCUUACCACGAGGGCCAUUGGAUAUGAACCGACUAUUAGUAGUGUGCCUUCACAAGUGUUGAAGCCGACGAGCAUCGCGGAAGCUCCGAGCCCGUUGGCUAGUUUUCACGAACCGGGCGAAGAUUCCCCUAUGACCAUCGACGACGAUGAGGAUGAUUAUUCCCCGAUCGAUGGGAUGCAGGUCGAGCAUUUGGACUCUCGCGGGGACCCGAUGGAGACUAGUGACAUAUCGCAGUCUCGGAGUUCGGCUACACGAGGUGACCGUCAUAAAGAAAAGGAGUACUUGGCAGUUCAAAAUCGUGGAGGAUCUCGCUCGCCCGUGUCUGAUGUCGCGAACAGAGUUGUCGUGCCGAACUUGGCGGCGAAUCUUGGGAAAAAGGCGGCGCAAGAUUUCCGUCUAGAUGAACUUUGCACAGCACAGCUGAACAUUCUGAAAAUUUUCCAGCAAAUUUAUAUACAUUUCCGGCAUCAUCCGGUGGUGGCUCAGCUAGUUCAAGCGAUGAUUUUCGAAGCACGGGAGCUCCAGACGCAGACGACGGUGAUGCUGAGUCGCUGUGGUGACAUUGCGGAGGUGGUCAGGAAGGACCUGUCGGACAUGGUCCUGUUCGCGGAGGAGGGUCUGCCUGAUGAGGCCAUGGCUGGGCUGGAUUCGGUGAAAGCAAAGUUACAAGGAAUGUCGGCGAGCUCUGAGGAGCUGCAUGCGCACUAUGUGGAGUUUGAGGGGAAGGUGCAGAAGAUUAUAGUGGGGUUGCCGACUACUGUUGUUGGAAUACCAUCAGCACAGCAAAGGGAGAUCACUGCUAAGGCUAUAAUGGAUGCUAAGGAAGUCAUUGAUUCUGAUGUAAAGAUGUCUACAGACGGUCCUAAGAUAUCACUCGUGGAGUCUAGUUCGAGCGCCAACGACAGCAGCAAUAUGGGGAAUAGCAGUGACAGGAGGACACUCAGUCGGCGAUCGAAACGGGCUAAUGAGCGUUUGGAUUCCCUCUUGGACAGGCUUCGCAACCUGCCCUCUGAUGGGAAGAUUAUUUCAGCGGUGGAUGGUAAAGGUGACGCGAUCGAUUCCGAGGUGGCGGAGUUGCUGGAUUUGCCAUUCCUGGCAGCGGGCUAUGUUGGUGGAUAUUCGGAGAAGCGAAAGAAACCAGAGUCGAGCUCGGAUGAGUCUGCUGUGGUCUCGGACAAGGAACUUGAAGCACAGGGCGAAAGGGCAGCGUGGUCCGUCUCAGACGAGACGAUGAAGAAAUCGGAUGAGGAAGAGUCUAUUCCCUCUCGGAAAAGUGACAUUCCUAGUGGUAGCGACUCGGAGGCAACAGCACAGCUGGCGGUGACUCGCAAGCUGGUGAAUAAUGGUGGUUCUGAUCCGACUGCUGCUCUCAUCGCUGAUUCGAUGAGGAAACUGCGAAGAAUCGAUCAGAUCCUCCACAAGGUGACGGUGUUUUGGCAGGGAGUGGAUCAAUCGGUGGCGAAGUUGUCGGAUAUGCGGGAAAAUGCGGCGAGGCUGUUGUCGGGUACGACGAAGUCGGCGCGGAUUCUGGCAGUUUUCAGAGAGAGGGCGCGCGAGAAUAACGAUUUCUGGAAGACCUAUGAGGAUGUGUGCAAGGAGUAUGCGAGGACAUCAGCUCGUCAAAUGCAAGCUUACUUGGAGGAUAUGAACUUGGUCUAUGCACAAGUUGAUGAUUUUGAUUUGAAGUCUGCUGCUGCUGCCGCCGCUGUAAGCUUCGUCUGCAUGGUAACCGUCUUAUCCAUAGCUCUUACUGGCUUCCUCCUCCUACACGUAGUCGUUGGUGGAGGUUUGAAGCGACCAGAUCAGGAGAAGAGGGGAUGGGAGGCGAAGAUUAACGCCGCGACGAGGAACGUCAAUUACGCUCUUUACGCCAAUGGACGAGGCUGGGUGAAGUCGAAUGGCAAGUCGGACUGCAACGGUAAGUGGAAGGACGCGGAGACCUACGGCGCUCGAAAGAAGAAAAUCAAACAAUUCUGCAUUCGGCUACACGAGAAGCAUCAAGACGACAGAGGUUAUACCGAUGCUCCGAAGAGAUACGAUUGCCGACUUGAUCCGAAUGACAAGGGGAAUAACCAUGGAACCAAAAACCGUGACUGGCUAUGUUAUGAGAAAGAACAAGAAUACGUAUUGAUGCCUCCUCAUGGCUCUGGACUCAACUCGACUUGUCCUUCAACCAACCCGUGGCUACACCGUGCUCUGUCAUGGUAUCCCCGUGAUAGCCCACCCAAGUGGUGUCGAUAUAACUGGUAUGAGAAGAGGCAAGUCUGCUGGUGUAUGCCGGGCUUUUAUCGGGAAUCACCGUAUGACGUGUCACUUUCCAAGAGAGGCUGUCCCGAGGAGGAGAUCUUCAUCAUCCCGCGGUUCGUCAGGAGGAGCGAACUACGCCGACUAGGAGCAUUCGAUGAGCCUCCAAGAAAAACUGGGGCCGUGGCUGAGGAAUCCUCCACCGAUGAGUGUACUUGUCCAUCCCCAUCUGAUGCGUUUGACGAGGCCUCCAAGUCUCCAUGAGUAAUGUAAUCGUCAGAUGAAGUCGUGAUGAUUAUGUGAAACGAUAAUUCAUCGCUCUAUAGCUUUGCCGCAAACGGCAAAUCUGUCAUUAUCUUUCUUGUAUGUAAAGAACAUGCCGCACUUACUUUAAUAGCGCAUGUGAAGUCUAUGUGAAACUAUGGAAGUUCUCUUUUA